AUGUUAAGACAUAUUGCUCGUCGUUGCUUCUCACGGGAGAGCACACCUUAUGAUAGCACCAUCAAGAAUUUAUUGUUACCUAAGGAUACCAAGGUAAUCUUUCAGGGUUUCACGGGGAAACAAGCCACAUUCCACGCCAAGAUCUCUCAAGAGUACGGGACUAAUGUGGUUGGUGGUACCAAUCCCAGGAAGGCGGGGCAGACGCAUUUGGGGCAGCCCGUGUUUUCCACGGUUGCUGAGGCUGUGCAGGUGACUGGGGCUACUGCUUCUGGUAUUUUUGUUCCACCACCAAUUGCAGCUCCUGCUAUUAGGGAAGCGAUUGAGGCCGAGAUUCCAUUGGCUGUGUGUAUCACUGAGGGAAUCCCACAGCAUGAUAUGUUAUAUAUUGCGGAGAUGUUGAAGUCGCAAGACAAAACACGUUUGGUGGGUCCCAACUGUCCAGGGAUCAUCAACCCUCGGUCUCAUGUGAGAAUCGGUAUUCAACCCACCAAAAUCUUUACGCCCGGUAAGAUUGGGAUUGUUUCAAAGUCUGGCACUCUAACCUACGAGGCGGUACAGCAGACGUCGUUAACUGGGCUAGGUCAAACUUUGGUUAUUGGUAUCGGUGGGGAUGCAUUCCCUGGUACAGACUUUAUUGACGCCUUGAAGUUAUUCAUGGAGGAUGAAUCCACUGAGGGUAUUAUUUUGUUGGGAGAGAUCGGUGGCAAGGCGGAGAUCGAGGCUGCAGAGUUCUUGAAGGCCUAUAACUUGACUAGAGACAAACCAAUGCCUGUUGCUUCUUUUAUUGCUGGUACUGUUGCAGGCCAAAUGAAGGGUGUCAGAAUGGGCCAUUCUGGUGCCAUUGUUGAAGGUUCCGGUACUGAUGCAGAGUCCAAGAAGGCCGCUCUAAGAGAAGCUGGCGUUGCUGUUGUUGAGUCCCCUGGCCAUUUAGGACAAGCGUUGGUCAAGCAAUUUAACUGA